GCCAGCACCAAUAAGUCCUAAACUCUUAUAUAUAGCCAUGAAAACUGCAUUCUGGGAAAAAUUCCGACAAGUAAGAGAAGAAAGAAAAGCGAAGGAGAAAAGAAAAACAUGGGAGGAGGAACAGAAGCUUUUCCAGAUUUAGGAAGCCAUUGCCAACAUUCUGAUUGCCGUCAGCUCGAUUUUCUCCCCUUUACCUGCGAUGCUUGUCAAAAGGUAUUUUGUGUGGAGCACAGAUCAUGCAAGUCUCACGAAUGCCCAAAAUCCGACGUUAACAGCCGAAAAGUUUUGGUUUGCGAAAUCUGUUCCAUGUCUAUUGAAACUACUGGUUGUCAAGGUGAAGACGAUAAAGUGCUAUUGCAAAAGCACGAGAAAUCUGGGGAUUGUGAUCCCAAGAAGAAGAAGAAACCUACCUGCCCUGUGAAGAGAUGCAAGGAGAUUUUGACAUUCUCAAACACCAGCACUUGCAAGAGUUGCAGGAUUCAAGUUUGCCUCAAGCACCGGUUUCCUGCUGAUCACGCCUGCAAACGGAAUUCUUCAUUAUCCCAGCCAUCGGCUAAUAACAAGUUUUUGAUUGCUCUGGCGGCAAGGAGUGGGAAUGAUUGUGGGAAUAAAAGCCGCGCAUCAGCUUCACGCCCCACCACCCCUUCUGUUAAAGCUUGUUGAUUGUUUCAGAAAGAUUGCUACAUUUCAAAAUUGUCAUUUGUAAUUAUUACUAUAUCAUUUAACUGCUCAUUAGUUCUGUUA